CAUAUUUUCUUCCCGAUCGCUACAUUGGAUCACAGCGCAAUAGGCUGAACGUAUGCAGUGCGCACCAUCUGUUCCAGUUCAACACAAACCUCUGCUGGCUCAGACGCACGUGUUUGGAUCCUUCCUUCUCGGUUUUGCUAGAGUUUCGCAGGCCGUUUCGUCCAGUCUGAGUGAGAGCUGUUAUUUUGGGAUCAUGGUUAGGACGCAUCCCCGCCGGAGGAGAGAUGCGCUGGUGUGGCUGCUGCCUGGGCUGCUUGGAGUCUGUAUAGCUUUUGGACACAGUAAAGCUGAGGAGGAAGAUUAUGAGGAUGUUCCUAUAAAUAAAACUUGGGUUUUAUCCCCAAAGGUUUAUGACAGUGAUGUCACACUGAUCCUGAAUAAAUUACUACAGGGCUAUGACAACAAACUUCGACCAGACAUUGGAGGCAAACCCACCAUCAUUGAGACAGCCGUGUAUGUGAACAGCAUAGGCCCAGUGGAUCCCAUCAACAUGGAGUAUACCAUAGACAUCUUCUUCGCUCAGACAUGGUAUGACAGUCGGCUCAAGUUUAACAGCAGCAUGAAGCUCCUGAUGCUAAACAGCAACAUGGUUGGAAAGAUCUGGAUCCCUGAUACGUUUUUUCGCAACUCCCGUAAAUCUGAUGCCCACUGGAUCACUACACCCAACCGGCUCCUUCGACUUUGGAGCAAUGGACGUGUAAUGUACACUCUGAGGUUGACUAUUAAUGCGGAAUGCUACCUUAAGCUGCAUAACUUUCCUAUGGAUGAACAUUCGUGUCCUCUGGAGUUUUCAAGCUACGGGUAUCCAAAACAUGAGAUCCAGUAUAGAUGGCAGCGUCGUGCUGUCGAGGUAGCUGACCAACGCUACUGGAGACUUUACCAGUUUGCCUUUGUUGGCCUGCGCAAUUCGUCUGAUGUGGCACAUACUCAGUCUGGAGAGUAUGUGAUAAUGACAAUCUUCUUUGAUCUGAGCCGAAGAAUGGGCUACUUUACAAUCCAGACCUACAUCCCGUGCAGCAUGAUCGUAGUGCUGUCCUGGGUUUCUUUCUGGAUCAACAAAGACGCUGUGCCUGCCCGAACAUCUUUAGGUAUCACAACCGUCCUUACUAUGACAACUCUAAGCACUAUAUCCAGGAAGUCAUUGCCGAAGGUGUCUUAUGUCACAGCCAUGGAUUUGUUUGUGUCUGUUUGCUUCAUCUUCACCUUUGCUGCACUUAUGGAGUAUGGAACAUUGCACUACUUCACUAGUAACCGUCAGAACAAGAAGACCAAGUCGAGCAGUGCACCGAAAUCAAGCAUGGAAAACAUCAGACCAGGGACGUCUCUACUCCAGAUGAACAACAUAGCGCCUUAUCACGACGACGAUGAUGAUUUCACAUACGAGUGUUUGGAUGGGAAAGACUGCACAAGUUUUUUCUGCUGCUUUGAUGAUUGUCGCUCGGGGGCGUGGCGUGAAAACAGGAUGCACGUUCAUGUGUCCAAAAUUGACUCCUACUCCCGAAUAUUCUUCCCAACUGCUUUUGGCCUCUUUAACCUUGUGUACUGGAUUGGGUACCUCUAUCUCAUUUAAAGAUAUGGUAUGAGUGAGGUUGGACUCAUUUGAAAUAUUUAAAAAUCAUUUGUAAAUUCCCCAUCAUCUUGAUACUGUGUAAGGGUGGAAACAGAUUUUACAAGUGGUGUCUUUAUCCAUUGAUAUUUCAAAUGGUGAGAAUGCAUUAGUGAAAAAAGGAAAGAAGAGGUGCAUGUGAGAUGUUAGAGGUAUUAAAGUAUUACAUUACUUUGAAUAUUACCAGCAGGAACGUUAAAAAAAUCCGUGCCAUUUCAAACACAUUCAUUAGAAAUAUCUGCCUUGCUAUCUUAAGGUGCAGUGAAGAAUAUAAUUCAUAUAACCUUGCUUUGUUACAGGUUUGGCACAAAAAAACAUUUUGUGGACAAAUAAAAAUAUUUUUCUCUUUCAGCGUACCCAGUAGUUUAAAAAUAUUAACAGCGUUUAACAGGAAUUUAACCCGUAAUAACAGGUUUAUCUAUUUACUAGUAGCUGAGUAGAUGCUAAGCUGAGUAGUUUUUAUUAUAAAAAAGCAUAACUAUAAUAUAAUUCUAUGUAUGUAUAUACACAAAUAACCAGCUUCCUUGUGCCCUAUCAAACCAAAGCGUAGGUAGAUUAAGACUUUUGCUAAAAGUUUACCCUUAAGCCAUUCUCUUGGAAAUAGCCAGUAAUUACAGCAUAAUCCUAUCUCUGUAAUAACCGAUGAACUCUCAUGUCACUGUACCCAAUGUGUAUGCAUUUUUCAGUUAUGUAUAUAUAAAUUUGUUUUACACAAAGACAUUAAGCAAAAAAUUUUGUUAGUUAUGCACAAUUACAGAAUUGCUUCAUUUCACAAGUUUACACGCUCUAUAAUCUGUAGUCCCACACAUACCAAUAUUUACUGAGCAAAUGAGCAAGCUACAGUAAUGUGACUAAAGCCUCUGUUGUAGCGCACUAUGGCCAAGAACUUAACAAAUCCUCCAGCUCAUCUGUGAUUUUCCACCAAAAACUUUAUUGUUGUUUGCUCUUCGUGAAAGUCACAUUACUUUAAUCUAGUGACACAUCAGAGAUCCCAUGGAUAAAACAACCAAAUGUUCAUUUCAAGUCUCUUCAGACUUACCCAAAUGCACACAGACAAAACUAUAAACUAUUUCAUUACAAUCUUGUCAGCUUAUGACGAAGCCAUGGAUGCCUUUUGCGUAGUUUAACACUUCGAUAACUAUUGUGGUAGACCAUUCAGAUGGAAACCAUGGUGAAAUGAGGAUCAUUCUAAGCUUAAAAUGUUAUUUUGUAGCUCUAGUUCUGUGUGUGUGAUGGUAGCUUCAGACAUUCACCCUAUUUCCAGCUAUGCCUUCUCGUUAAUUUUCAUUGUUUAGAAAAACUUGCCAUAUAUGGACAUAUGAAUGUAUGUCCCUUCAGCAAGCUGCAAUGCAGCCUUGUCCUGUUGUAACAUAUUUUCUAAAGUAGAAUUAUGUAUAGAUGUGCGCUGUGUCCAAUAAAUCUCGACAAAUCUUCCAAGUCACAAUCCAUGCUCUUUCACUUAGUCACUGGUUAGCCCACCCUAUGCAGAAUGCUGUCUCUGAUAGCAAUGAACAUUUAUAAAUUGAAAUCUAUUUAUAUUUUUGUAUAUAAAUAGAUAAACAAGGCAUUAAAAGAUGUCCAUCAUUAUUGUUUCUUGUUAUUAAUAAUAAAUCAAUGCAUUUAUGUGGUUUGUUGACAGCAUGAUUAUGAGUGUGAGAGCUCCAUGCUGUCUCUUGGUUUUAAUAUACUCUCCUGUCGGCCUUUUUUUGGCCAUUUCUUCCUACGGAUGUUGUUAGACUGACUCUG